AAGCAUCCUCACAAUAGCAGCCGAGCCUCCAGCCACCAAGGUCCCGUCAACAAGCAACUGCAACCUUUCGAAGUCCCGACCCGAGCCAUCUCCCGAUUUUCGCGAAGCUCUCCUUUACAUUUCCAACACUUCUUUUCCCAAUCCCAUCACCACAACAGCUAAGAUGUCUUCCGAACUCUGCCCCGUCUAUGCGCCCUUCUUCGGUGCCAUGGGCUGUACAGUCGCUAUUGUCUUCACCUGCCUUGGUGCUUCCUACGGCACCGCCAAGUCUGGUGUUGGUAUCGCGGCUAUGGGUGUUCUCCGCCCCGACCUGAUCGUCAAGAACAUUGUUCCUGUCAUUAUGGCUGGUAUCAUUGGUAUCUACGGUCUCGUCGUCUCGGUCCUUAUCUCAGACGGUCUCCAGCAGACUAUGCCUCUCUACACUGGGUUCAUCCAGUUCGGUGCCGGUCUGGCUGUCGGUCUCGCCGGUCUCGCCGCCGGUUUCGCCAUUGGCAUCGUCGGCGACGCUGGUGUCCGUGGUACCGCGCAACAGCCCCGUCUCUUCGUCGGAAUGAUCCUGAUUCUCAUUUUCGCUGAAGUUCUGGGUCUUUAUGGCCUCAUUGUCGCCCUGCUCAUGAACUCCAAGGCUACUCUGAACACCACCUGCUAAGGGUCAUCUCGACAACAUCUCUCCUGGGCGUCGAAGGGUCGACAAGCUGUACCUACACAAGUGAUCCUUCUUCGGUGCCCGGGCAUUGGGACUAUUCCAACCUGCGAGCUCUUACUCGCAACUUUCAUACGGUAAACGGAGUUGUCCGGCGAACGGAGGGGGAACUUGGGGCACAUGGCAGGAAUAACGAAUCGCGCCAUCCGGGUUCCAGGUCAAGGGGCAAUUCGCUGGAGAAUGCACGCCGUAUUGUACUAUUGUGACACCAUGCUAUCCAUUUUUUCUCGGCGGACUCUCAUCAUAGACGGGUGAUGGGGAGGAGGUGUAGUCUAGCUUGACAGUAAUGCUUCCAUGCUCGA